UAUGACUGGACACAGUGGAGAGCAUGCUAUGACCGGAGAGCAUGCUAUGACCGGAGAGCAUGCUAUGGCUGGCCCAUAUGACAAGACGGUAUUAGCUGAGCUGUGUUGUGUCUGAUCAGGUUUCCAGCCUCCCCCUCUUCCAGCACUGCUACCCUCCCCUUCCCAAUGAUGUCUCUGCCAGUACUGCUUCCUGGCUCUUGUUGUCCCAUGGCCGGGCUCUCCUCUUCCAUGGGUAAUGCAGCAGCCUGUACUUCUUCCCCGGGCGGGGAGCCCUCUCAGCACCGGACACGAAGGGCCCGAGGGGUACUACAACCCCCUAGAUGUUCAGCCUCCCUGGGGCUGUGCCCCCCUCCUCCUAUCAGCAGUAGACGCCGAGCGGCUUCUGGACUCACUCUGCCCGGCAGACCUCUGCUCUCCCUCGGCUUGUUACAGCUCAUCCUGGGCUGCUGCACUGUGGCCCUCAGUUUUGGGGCCCUGUCACUCAGUAAGAACCCCCAGAUCAGGAGCUCGUGUCCUUUCUGGGCUGGCUCGUCGGUUAUUUUGUCAGGGAUUAUAGGACUAACCACAUGGAAAAAGCCCAUGGUUCUUCUGGUCAACCUGUUUGUAAUGCUCUCUGUGGUCUGCGUCCUUCUAAACUUGGCCGGAUUCAUCUUAGGAUGUCAAGGUGCACAAUUUGUGUCCAGUGUUCCCAGCUGUCAAGUGGUAGGAUUGGCGGAAGGAAGAAUGUGUGUAUGCUGUGAAGAAUCUCAUGCUAACAAGUGCCCUGAGAAUGGAAAUGUUCUGAAGCUUGUCAUGAUCCAUUCCUGUAAUGCAGUUCAUCUCUUAUUAAAGAAAGUGUUUUUUGCACUAUGUGCCCUGAAUGCACUGACAACCACUGUGUGCCUAGUAGCAGCUGCCCUGCGAUACCUACAGCUACUCACCACUAGAAGACCCUGCACAGAUGAAUCCCAGGUGUCUGCAGAGGAAGUAGAAGAUCAGGUGCCAGACCCUGAUGAUUUUGUUCCACCUGCACCCCCACCUUCAUAUUUUUCGACAUUCUAUUCGUACACUCCGAGAAUGACACCAAGAAUGUCUGGUAACGAGGUGAUUCCUCUACCACAUAUCUAUGGAUCCAGAUUCAAAGGAGUUGAAGUGUUUUGUCCCAUGGAACCACCUCCAUCUUAUGAAUCUGUGGUUGGCCAGAGUCAUUUACAGGAGGAAACAGAUGUUCAAAUACCAGACCUUGUCCCCAGCUCUGAAGUAGAACCGGACAGCGUUCCAACUACUUCAGGUGGAAAUUGCAUGGAGAGAAGCCCAAGAAAUUGUUUGCCCAGGGACCAAUCAAUAUUAAAGACGGCCCUGCACAAAGAAGCUCCAUGCUGUUCCAAUGCAGAAAUGAUACCUGCACAAGAAUGCAAUGAACAACAACCUACACAAAAUACCCCAGUCGCUGUGCCUCAACGUAAGAGGUCACACAGCGAUCCUGUCAUUCAUGAUAUUCCUUCUAGAGGAGCAACUCCAAGCUGUGAAGCUGCUACACAAACAGAACUGAGACCACCAAUGGUGGCUGUCACAUUAAGACGGGCUUUAAGAGCAAAAGCUAUUCGAUCACGGCCAAGAUCUCUAGUGGAUUACAAAUCUUACAUUGACACUAAACUUUUGGUGGCCAGGUUCCUAGAAGAGCCAUCUGGUCAUAUGUCUGCUGAUAUUCGGGAACUGGUAGAAAGCAUCAAAAUUGUACUGAAGUCUGAUGAAGAACACAUGGAUGAAGCCAUUUUAAGUGCCAACAUCCUUGAUCAGGUGAUGUUACCAAACCAGGGAUCCUUAACAACAACUCAGAGAAUCCCAAGCAGACGGUACCCAGGAAUACUUCACUUGAAUAGCUGUGGGGACUUAAGCACUUUUAGUACUGUACAGAGGCAGCGGGAUGAGAGAAUAAGGAGCCAGAGGACUGUCAGACCUCACAGUCUCAUUGGAGUUGUUCGGGAAACCAUUUUAUAAGAAAACCACGACAACCAAACUCCUGGAUGGACAAGUGAAUGUAUGUAGCCUCCAGUUACAGGGCAAACCACUGUUCUGUGAGCUUACACAUUUAUGCCAUACUUGUACUUGGCUCGUGUUUACAAAAUAAGUAAGCUUUACAACCUAGUGGCAGAAUAUGCCUACUUCCAUCGCCAAAGAUCAAUCAGCAUAUGGAUCAUUCUGGACUGAGCUUUAUAUUGUUGGAACUGAUUUCUGUUUGUGAAGGUAUGAACAACACAAUCAGGAAAAUAAAAGUGUAAUAUAAUGUGUGUGUAUCUGGUAGAACUCUGCAGAAAAGGAGCCUCAGGGGUUUGCAAAACUGUGAGAUACCUUGCACUAUAAGUACAAGUCUGCAGUCUUCAGCGGACAUUGCAAUUUGAUUGAUAAAGGGCACUGCUCAUUUAAUAAACUGAUGUACUUCAAACUCAUGGAGUGGUAGUAAACGAUG